AUGGAGUGGGACUACACGUACAACCUCGAUCUACCGGACGCGUACAGAAACGCACAGCUCGCCGCGAUGGAGAAAGGUCAAAAGGGAAAAACGUCUGUGAAAAGUUGCUUUCCAGACCUGGACUCAGUAGACCAGCAGCAGCUCAGUGACGAUCUCCAAAUGGUUGUGGACAUCAACCAGAGGAGCAUCUGCCUCUUGAGACAGGACUUAGAAUCUGUCCUGCAAGAACUGGAAAAAGCCAAUAGUUGGAACUCGCAACUCAUCGCGACUAAAAACCGGCAGGAAGAUGAGAUCGCAUUCUUAAAACGGCAGGUCUUAAGAACUCAUAUGAGCGCCAUCCUCAAAGUCAAGAACCAAGAGAAUAUGAUUCAGGAGCUUGAGCAGAAGCUGAGAGACCAAACAGAGAGGUGUGAGGUCCAACAAAUCCAGAUGGCAUCCACAAACUUAGAGUUAGCACAGUCCAAAUCCUCUUGUAAUGAUCUCAAACAGGAGCUGGAUUCUCUCCAACAGAAGAAUAAUGAGAAAGAUGAGGAGAUCCAGCAGCUAACUCUGCAACACUCCAUACGAGACAACAGUUGUGACAAAACCACAAAGGAACUGAAGGCUCUUUUAGACGUGGUGGAAAAGGAACUGCAAAAUGAACGCGCAAUUAACAGUGACAAAACGAUGACCAUAAUUCAGCUGAGAAACCAAAACGCGAUAUCACUCAUCGCACAAAAGCAUCUCGCAUCUAAAAACGAGGCUUUAGAAAGAGAGAGCAAGAAACUCAAGGCUGUGAUCGCGAAACAGAAAAACAGUCUUUUACUUCAAGAGCGCAACUUGAAAGACAAUGAGACACUGAAUGCUACAUGUACAGUUACGGAGGUUCUGAAGGUUAAAACUUUUCUUGAGGAAGAAAACUCACAACACAAGGAAUUUGAACAAAGUUUGACGCCUUUGAAGGAAGAAAAUGUGUGUCUCAAAUCCACAAUUGUCAAACUGGAAGCAACGAAAAAACGUGUUGAGAACGAGAGCUCACGUCUGAAAACAAAAAACGCAAAACUGGAAGAUGAUUUGAGCUCUUUGAAAUCUAUCAACACAAGUCUCAUGUCCACAAACGAGGUGCUACGUAAAACAGUGAGUGACAGUGACGCGGCGAAGGCUUCUCUUCAUGACGACUUCUACAAGGUUUUAGACUUGAUACAGCAGCAGAAAGACCAGGAGUCCAAAGCAGAAACUCAACUUGUUCUCCUUAAAUCUACAAUCAAGAAACUGAAAAACUCCAAAACUCAACUGGAACAGCAGGUGGCAGAGGACAGGACCACUAUGACUGAGCUGCAGGCAGAGGUGGAGCGAUUAAGACAGAGGCUGGAGUACCACGGCCAGCCCACGGUGGCGCUGUCCCCCAUCAAUAACACACCCAGAGGUGACUCCAGGUGUGUUCAGAAGGAAGGAAAGGUGCCCGAAACUUAA